AUGCCCACAUCUAUAAAUACCGCAGACGAGUACGAUUUCGUUGAUCACGCCGACACCGCGCUGAGUCCUGAGACCAUCGCCAAGCUAAGAGAAUGGCUCCAGCCAACUGACUAUCUCGCCGAAUCUGGCGAAUACCGUCGCCAUCUAUUAUCACAGGCUCCAGGAACUGGCCUUUGGCUAUGCGAAACAGAUGAGUACCGAAAAUGGCACGACUCUCCCGACCACGGCAGUCUCUGGAUCAAAGGUGUGCCGGGCGCUGGCAAGUCUGUAAUGGCAGCCAGCCUGAUCCAGCAUCUGCGAACAACUGAUGAUUGUCCUGUGUUAUUUUUCUUUUUCCGGAACAUCGUCGCCGCAAACUUCUCGCCCCGUGCUUUGAUCCAGGACUGGCUUGCUCAGCUGUUGCCUUUCUCUCCCAAGCUGCAAUUCGCUCUCCAGCCGCGGCUCAAGACCAACUUGGCAGAAACAUCAGACAACGAUCUCAUCCAACUCUUCCUCGAUGGCAUAUCCUGUGUCCCAAAGCUUUAUUGUGUCGGAGAUGCCCUUGAUGAAAUGUCGACAGAUAACAGACCCUUUCUGCAGAAGCUCAACAAUCUCGCUUCGCAUCGGCCCCGAACCUUGAAGUUCCUUAUGACCAGCCGACCCAAGCAGCACCUACAAAGUACACUCCGAGACUCAUCGAUCGUUCAUAUCAGCCUUCAGCAGCAGCUUGUGGAUGUGGAUAUUCUCUCCUAUCUCAAUCAUCGAUUCGACAUGGCACCAAAUUCCGAUCGUCAUCUCGAGCUGAAAAAGGACAUCAUCGACAUGGUUGCGAAAAGGUCUGAGGGUUUGUUCCUAUACGCCAAACUCACCAUGGAUCAAGUCGAAAAUUCUCUGCAACUAGACGAAUCUAUCGAUAUCGCAAAUCUCGAGGCUUCUCUACCUCUCGGUCUAGAGCAAACAUACACAAGCAUGUUGGCCAAGCAGCGUGGAGAGCCUGGGGUCACCACAGACGUCCAGAUACUUGUACUCGAGGCCGUGACUCAUUCAUCCCGUCCCCUGCGCUUGAACGAAUUGGCGAGUCUCUUAAAAUGUAUUCGCCCCGACAUCACUGAGUCUAAUGGCUUCAAACGAUUGAUUUCCGUAAGCUGUGGACCACUCAUUGAAAUACUCGAGGACGAAACGCUACAAGUGAUUCACCACUCAUUCACAGAAUUCUUACGUGGUGAUACCCGCAAUAAAACGACCUUGUCGGAAGCUGACUUUCCCAUUAUUGACUCCCUUCAGGCGCAUAAGCACAUGACCGUCAAUUGUCUACGAUAUCUUCAAUCUGGUUCGCUUUUACUUGAAAGUGAAAGAUCCAACACGGCUGUUAUAGACCCUUCCGUCUCCUUUGAAAAGCCGAAGCAUCUGGCCGAGAAAUUUGAGGUGGUUGACAAGCGGGACUCUUUCGAGUACAGACAGGCUCGCCUGCAGCAUCCAUUUCUCAGUUACGCAGUGGAGAACUGGUCAUAUCACUCCAGCUUCUAUGAUGUGGAAGAUAGCGGGUUCUUUCAGGCCAUCAUUGACUUUCUCAACCCAGAAAGCCUCUCGUUCCGCCGAUGGCUUGUCAUCCAGUGGGGCUCAACGUCGAGAAGCAGAGAAACCAGCGACGGGAUACCAACACCUCUCCACCUUGCAGCUUUUGCAGGACUAUCUGAGUUUGCUUUGCGGCUGUUACAGAGUGGCGCUUCUGCUUCGGCAACGGACGCGCAAGAUCGAACCCCGCUUCAUUGGGCGGCUGCGAAUGGUCACGAACGGCUGGUUGCACUCUUGAUUGGGUGCGGAACAGAUCCUGACGGCGCUGAUGGUAGGGGAUUGAAGCCUAUACAUCUUGCAGCCCUCAAGAACCAUGCUGGAGUUGUGGCCAGACUACUCAAGGCCGGCGUCAAACCGGAUACAUUGAAGACUAGAAAUGACCACGCUGGGCAUAUUCCCAGCGGCGCGACAUUGACCAAGGGGCAAUGUGCCUUGAUGUACGUCAGUCGUGCAGGCCACAUAGAGUCUCUUAGGGCAAUGAUCCCCUACUGCGAACCACACAUGUUGGAACAGCUUUUGUUCCAAAGCUGUUUGUACGAACGGAUAGACAAUGUUCUAGCUUUAUUGAAACAAUCGUCGGUUUCAGCCGACGCAAUGUUUGAAGGGGCAACAGCCUUGUUCAUCGCCUGUCACAUGACGAGCCUCAAAUGUGCUGCCGCUCUUCUCAGGGCAGGGGCAAAUCCUCAGAAGACAUCCAGGUGGAAGCCAAGAACAAUCAUCUGUGGACAGUCGUUCAGUGAAAGAUAUGAUUCGGCACCGAUACAUUGGCUGGUUGGAUCAUGGACCCAAGAGAACGAUUUCGACAGCAAAGCAAUUUUGGAACUCCUCAUCGCAGCCGGUGCAGAUAUUGACCAGCCAAACGGAGACGGGGUAACUGCCCUAAUAAAUGCUGCUGGAUAUGGAUCGUAUAAUAGUGGUAAAAGUGGACUUUGCAAGCCUUCUGUAAAGGCCUUGAUCAAAGCGGGAGCCAACUUCAAGGCGAUCGACGAGGAUGGUAACAGCGUUUUGCAACAAGUCACCAGUCAAUGUAAGGAUUUGGAGGUAGUCAAACUUCUCGUUGAACGUGGAUGCGACCCGAAUGCCAAGAAUGACCUUGGCGAGACAGCCCUCGUUUGUGCGGUGAACAAACCAACUCGCAGAGGCACCGAUUCUGACGAAGCCACACUGCGUGUAGUGGAAUAUCUACUGGAUCAUGGAGCGGAUCCCUCUCUCAAGACAAAGAAUGAUGAUACAGCCCUCUUGCUUUCUAUGCAGCUUGGAGUUGACAUCUUCAAAUUGUUGCUUUCAAGAUGUGACGAUACGGACGAACGGAGACGUUGCUGGUUCAAUCUGUCAAAAGUACGUGCUCAUAUGUUCGAGACACUUCUCGAAAUCCUCUUGGCCGAAGGUAUCGACAUGGAGACAAUGGGUGAAAACGGCAACACACUUUAUCUGGACUGUCUUCGUGGGUCACGGGAUUUUCCACGAAUCUUGAGAGACCAUGGGGCGCAGAACAACGUUAAAGAUGUCAAUGGUAACAAUCCAAUACUCGCGGCUUGUCUUACUGACAUAAGAGACUAUGACGUCCUGAAGCCCUUCUUGGCUGAGGGAGUUGAUCCUUUGGACACGAACAACAACGGAAACAAUCUUUUACACCUUGUUGCAGGGUGGUACACUGGCGAGAAGAAACAUGCUUCCAUCGUCCGUCGGUUUGUUGAUUUGGGAAUUCCUGUCAACGCCACCAACAGCCAGGGUGACACGCCGCUUCAUGUUUUCCAAAAGCAAAACAAGUGUAAAGGGAAUGGCUCGGGAAGUGACGAUUACACACACUUUUUCGAUGCUAUCAAUAGUCGUGGCGAAAUCGACCUUCAGCAUCGGGACAGAGAUUCCUUGUCAGCACUUCAUUUAGCGGCCUUGAGAUCGGAAGUUGAUGUAGCUAAGCUGAUAAGCCUCGGAGCCGAUCCCAACUACUUGACAUCAGACUCCCAGAAUCCGCUUCAUAUCGCAUGCCGUGCACGGCAGGCAAACAUUGUCGGUGGUCUUCUUGAGCUGUGUAAGGAUAUCGAUAUAGACCAGCAAGAUGUGUUCGGCAGAACACCACUGCACUACGCGUGUAGCUCUGGCGAGUCCGAAUCAGUUGCUUGGCUUUUGAAGUACGGCGCUUUGACCCUUCUGAAGGCUUCGGACGGCUCUACUGUCCUCCAUGCUUGUGCAGACAAUGGAACAGAGCAAUGCAUGUGGAAUAUCAGGGGACGUAGGGCUGGAUGGUUACGAAGUCCUGCUGAUCCGCUCCGACCAGGAAAUUUCGCCGAUAGUCGAAGACCUUGGUACAAAGCCAAAUACAAACCUGCCGAAGUGGCACUCAGGAGGCAGUUCUCCCCUGCAACUGCAACCAUCAUCCACAUGCUGGUCGGGGCUGGUGUUAAUGUUGCUGAGGAAGAUGAUCGCGGGCAAACAGCUCUAGACGUUGCUCUGUUUACUGGAAGUACGGCCUUCGCACAAGUCUUUUCGCAAGAUGAGAGGCUAUUCAAAACAGCAACUUCAGUGAUGGAGAUGUACUACAGAGAUGAUACCGACUCACUGCAAUCAUUCUGGCAGAGAAUCAAGAUACAAAUGUAUUUGAUGCGCCCGAGAUCAAUUCUGCACACCCUCAGAGAAGAUGAGGAGACGUUCAAAGAGUUACGCGAAAAGCCUGAUACUUACCUAGGCCUAUUGUCCGUCGAGGACACCGCGGAACUGAUGAAAGAAACCCUUGAGGCUGAUCCGUCGUCAGAAGCAACGUACAACCUAGUCAGCCGGUUGAUGAGGCCUAGUUUCUGCCAGGUAGCAGACCAUUUGGCAAUCAUCAAGAAAGCGCCGGCAAUGAUCAAAAGAUAUAGCGAUUACGAUUCAGUCAAAGGGAUGUUUAUGACGAGAAGACUGAACUUAUUCUGUUUUGAUGAUGCGAUCACAAUGACUGCAUUGGGUAUAGCUUGCUCCCAGGAACACUCCAACAUACUCACCUUGAAGACACUUAUUGAGGAACUGCAGGUGGAUCCGAAUGCGCGGUUUGUGACGGCGCGCAGUGGUAUUGAGACUCUUGAAGCCAUCCCCGGCGGGUCAGCCCUUCAUGUACUUGCAUCGGCGGAUCAUUACUGGCAGGUGGAGGGACUGAGAUAUCUCCUCGACAGGGGAGCUGAUGUCAAUAUUUUGGACGAAAACGGACAAACUCCUCUCCACGUUGCUGCUGAGGGAUUCCAGCACAGGUACUGUAACGUGGAAGGUUUCUGGCGAUUGCUUGCUGUUCAAGCCCUCCUCGAUCACGGAGCUGAUAUGAAUAUGCUUGAUCAGGAAGGCUUCUCUGCCCUCCACAAAGCUUCGGCUGCACCAGAUGUCACCAGGGAAUUACUCAACCGAGGUGCAGAUGCAAAGGCAGGAGCCUAUAGCCCUUUGUUCUCGGCCACUUACGACCAGAACCUCGAGAUAUUGAACAUGCUGCUUGAUCAUGGGCUCAGCACCGAUGAAGUCGCCCAAACACGCCACAGUCGAGAGGUAAAUCCGCUUCUACAAAGGUCCCGCCUUAUAUGUCCUCUUCUUUGCGCUGCAUACGUCGAAAAGGCAAACAGACAUAUCGAAGACACGCUUCCAUUGUUCACCACACUCAUCGAACGUGGGGCGAAUCUAUAUCUGCCUUUGAACGAUGAUGAGACCCUGAUCCACUUCCUUUUUGAAUGGUCUGACCAUCCGGUUAUCGACGCCCUUUUGCAAGAGCCAUGCGUAUCAAGAGUUGACUUCUCUCGUCGUGAGCAACAGAGUCGCACUAUAUUGAUGGCAGCAUGCGACUGGCGCGGAACCUUGCCUGGCUACAAUACUAGGGCAAGGCGGCCGCAGAUACCUCAGACGGGUUCGCCUUUACGGAUAUUGGAUCUUGGAGCGGACGCCACGCUGGUGGACGAUGCCGGCAGGACAGCACUUCACCAUUUGAUGGACAAUCCUGGAUAUCCAGAUGAGGUUCUUCUUGAGUUUAUGAACCGAGAGGAGGUCGCGCCUACGCUAUUUCAGCAGGAUAAUGAUGGUUACACGCCAUUUCAUUGCGCCCUCGGCAAUUUGCGUCCAGCGAUCUGCGAGGCUUUCCUUGCCAAAGGCGCCGAUCUACUAGAGUCCGAUCCACAAGGCCGUACAGCUUUACACUACAUUGCAUCGCAAUGUCUCUUGCAGAAUCGCGACUUUGAAGACUCAUCGCGUACGUAUAGAGAGUUAAGUGAUGAUCACUUCGAAAAGUGCACCGUAAUGUGGAGGAAGUUUCUUGCUCAAGGUGGUUCUAUCAAUGCACCUGACCAUGAUGGAAACACGCCACUGCAAGCUUACUUCUCGAUGUUGGAUCCCAAGAGUUGGAAAGAAAAGGCAGAAAGCUGCCAUAUGGAUCACUACGACAAGUUAUUCCCGAAAGAAAGCGAUGUAGAUGUUUUCGUUGCGAACAAUGUUGGUGAGACGGUACUGCAUACUAUCGCGAGUAGGAAACAGUCGGAUUGUACAGUGAAAGGGCACGAUAAGAAACUUUUUGUUAUGAUGAUGAAAAAAGGGCUGGACCCUUUGAGGGAGGAUGACAAGGGGAGGAGUGCGUUGGAUAUUGCGAGUGCGUGUGACAAGGAUGAUAUUGUGGGGUUGUUUGGAAGAAAGUGA